UUUCAGAAAGAGCGUGUUAUCAGCGGAGUACGCAGAGUGGUGGUCUUCAGCUGGCCCCACCCACUUCUCGACAACAUGUCAUCGGCGGCUCAACUGCUACUGGAUUCGGCGGUGCGAGACGACGACGAUCCGAUCUUUCUUUAUCAUCAUCUGAAUGCUAGUCUAGAAGCAGCAAAAGAUGCAGUUAAUGCUACUUCUGUAAAACAAAUUCUCGAAGCUCAAACUCAUUAUCUAUUCAACGAUACUAUCUUUGGACCAAGUCCAGCAAUGGAGUCUACACCGGGAAGAUCACUCAUUCAAAAUCUCUAUUACUUCUACAUGCCAUUCUGCGUUUUUGUUGGGCUCACUGGCAAUACUAUGGUUUGGAUUUUGAUCAGAAGCAACCGAAUGUUGAAUAAACUUCCAACGAACGUCUAUCUCCUGUGCCUGGCAGCAAUGUCAUCAAUCUUCUUGCUUUCAUUACUAGUGUUUUGGAUAGAAGAGGUCGCAUAUAUCUACUUCUAUGACAUAUUCCAAGAUUCAUUGCUCCGAAAUUCCUACUACAGUUGCAUUUUCAACACGUUCUUGGCGCAUGUCUGCGAUUUUGCAUCAGUAUGGUUGAUUGUGCUAGUUGGAUUGGAAAGACUAUUGCUACUUUACAGGAAAACAAGAGGAUUAACUUGUGAAAAAGCCCGUGCCCAAGUGUUCAUCCUUCUCGGCUUCGCAAUGGUCUUCAAUGGAUGGAUCCUUUUUGUUGCUGAUAUGGAUGAAGAAGGCCAGUGUGACAUUAAAAUUGAAUUUGUUGGAAUGUAUCAAACUAUGACUAUUGUGGAAACGAUCAUUUGUAUGCUGGUCCCAUCGGUUCUAAUAAUUACUUGCAACUGUCUAGUUGUGAGCAAAUUGAAUAGCCACAUCAAAAAAAAUCCAGGAUCUCCGGCAGUGUCCUUCAAUACUGCGGAUGUGGUGCUGACCACUCAGACAUCAGCACCAAGUGCUACAUUGAAAAGCUACACACGAAUAUCAAGCAGAUUCUCAAUCGAUGUUGAAAAGGCACCAAAGAAGAAAAAGAAGGGAAUACGAUAUACGGAUAUUCAAUUGACUCGGUCACUUCUUGUUGUCACAUGGGCAUUUAUUUUGUUAAAUAUUCCAAAUUAUGGAUACAGAAUUGCCAGCAUUUUAUUUGGAAUCUCAGAGCAGUCCUCCUUGAUGACUGCAAUUUCUCUUGGAGCUCACGUAUUUCUUUACACUCAUCAUGCAUUCCUAUUCUACCUUUACAUUUUCUACUCACCACAGAUGAAGCGUCGUCUGAAACCAACUGCAAUGAAAUUGCUCGAAUGUUACUGUUUUAAGCCACCCGGUGAUUAUACUGAUCAUACUUAAAGAUCUAAUGUUUUUGCAACAAUGAUAUUAUGAUACGGGUAUUUAUUUAUAUGGUUUUGAUACAUAAUUUUUAUCAAUAAUAAAGUGAUUAAUAUAUUAA